AUGUCAUCUAUCUUCACACCCCCAGAGCAUUUCAGUAUACCAACGGAACGCCUGCAUAUUUCCUACCUAGCUCCAGGGAAUAAUUCCCACAGCAGCUUUCUACAUCACAUUUGGAACACAGAAGAGUUUGUGAAGUCACAAGGGGAAACUGGCCUUGAUACGGUGGAGAAAGCCGCCGAGUUCAUUACCAACAGAGUUCAAAGCGACUAUGGGAGGAAUCGAUACGGGCAGAUGCUCGUGUCCUUGAAGCCUUACCCUACCGCUUCAUUGCUCGAAAGCACACCGAUAGGGAUCGUGUCAUUGAUGAAGGGUGAUGGCAAGGAUGCGUACACUGCUCCUGAUAUAGGCUAUACGAUUCUCCCUGAGGAGAACGGGAAGGGAUAUGCUACCGAGGCAGCGGCUGGUCUGAUCGCUUAUGCACAAAAUGAAUUGGGGGUAGAAUGUGUGCUUGGGUUCUGCGAUCAUGAAGACAGACGCAGUCAAAGAGUUUUAGAGAAGAUUGGUAUGGAGCUCCAAGGGAAGCGGCAUUUGAAGUUUUUUGGAAGGGCGUAUAGUGCUGUCUACGCAUUUCCCGGAGUUGGAGACUUGAGAAAAUAUGGAAUUCACGACGAUGACUAG